AUGACCUGCAGGCCUUCUCUGGGGGCCAGACCAUUAGGUCUGCCGUGCGGGCACAGGCCGCAGCGGAGGAGCAUCUAUGCUCACCUGCGAUUCCGCUCUCUGAGCACGACCGCCCUCGCCUCUCGCCCGCAAAAGGAGACUCCUUUCUCGGCCCUCCUCCGAUCCGAGAAGCGUUCACCGCAGACGUUGACGGAAAAGAUCGUGCAGCGCUAUGCCGUCGGCCUCCCCGAGGGAAAGCUCGUCCGGAGUGGCGACUACAUCAGCUUGAAGCCUCACCACUGCAUGACGCAUGACAACUCAUGGCCCGUCGCGCGCAAGUUCAUGUCCAUGGGAGCCACGCAGGUCUGCCGGCCGCAGCAGAUAGUCAUGACGAUCGACCACGACGUGCAGAAUACCAGUGCCGCGAAUCUCGACAAGUACCAGCAGAUUGAGGCCUUUGCCGCGCGGCACGGCAUCGACUUCUAUCCCGCGGGUUGGGGUAUCGGGCACCAGAUUAUGGUGGAAGAAGGAUAUGCUUGGCCAGGCACCAUGACGGUGGCCUCGGAUAGCCACAGCACCCACUACGGCGGAGUUGGCUGCCUCGGAACUCCGGUUGUACGCUCCGACGCCGCCAGUGUCUGGGCGACGUCGCAGACUUGGUGGCGCUGUCCCCCUGUUGCGCGGGUAACAUUCACAGGCACCCUGCAGGCCGGCGUAACGCCCAAGGACGUAAUAGUCGCCUUGUGUGGGUUGUUCGGGAGUGACGUGCUCAACCACGCAGUCGAGUUCACCGGCUCCGACGAGACCAUGGCAAGCCUGCCGGUAGAUGGCCGGUUAACCAUAGCAAACAUGUCGUGUGAAUGGGGAGCGCUUUCCGGUUUAUUUCCCAUCGACCAGACCCUGGAGAGAUGGCUACGAGCCAAGGCAGCCGAGGCGCUGGCGCUUGAUAACCGGGCGACGCAGCAACGUAUUUCGCAGCAAAGGAUAGACGAGCUCUUCGCCAACCCUCUUACGGCAGACGACGAUGCCGUAUACGCCAAGCAGCUAUAUCUCAACCUCGAUACCCUCCUCUCGCCAUACGUCUCGGGCCCGAAUUCAGUCAAGGUCAUGACGCCGUUGGCCGAGCUCGAAGCGCGGAAGAUCAAGGUUGACCGAGCGUAUAUUGUCUCUUGCACCAACUCGCGUGCUUCGGACAUCGCCGCCGCCGCCAAGGUCUUCAAGGAUGCCGCCAAGGCCAACCCCGGCACCACUCCCACCAUUGCCGACGGCGUCCAGUUCUACAUCGCCGCGGCCUCGGCUCCCGAGCAGCGGGCGGCCGAAGCCGCCGGCGACUGGCAGGUCUUGCUCGACGCCGGCGGGCAACCACUGCCUGCCGGAUGCGGGCCUUGUAUCGGGCUCGGGCGCGGACUGCUCGAGGCCGGCGAGGUCGGCAUCAGCGCUAGCAACCGCAACUUCAAGGGACGGAUGGGCUCGCGAGACGCCCACGCGUACCUUGCAAGUCCCGAGGUCGUGGCGGCCAGCGCGCUCAGCGGCACCAUCGCGGGGCCGGACAUCUACCCGGUGCCGGCGGACUGGUCAGGCGUCGAUUACGGCUAUGGCACCAGCACUGAACCUACCGUCAAGGAUAAGCUGGUCAAUCUUGUCCAGCAGAUAGACUGGCAGAUUGAACAGCUUGAGUCAGUAGCGGAUGAGUCUGAUAGGAUGCAAACCGAAAUCCUGUCUGGUUUCCCAGAUAAGAUCAGUGGGCAGAUUCUAUGGUUAGACUCGGACAAUCUGAGUACGGAUGGUAUCUACCCGGGAACUCUGACCUACCGGGAUGAUGUCACCAAAGAUGAGAUGGCAAAUGCUUGCAUGCAGAAUUACGAUCCAGACUUUGGCACCAUCGCAUGUCCCGGUGACAUCCUGGUAUCGGGCUACAACUUCGGCACAGGCUCGUCACGCGAGCAGGCUGCCACAGCGAUUCUAGCUAAGCAGAUCUCGCUCGUAGUGGCGGGCAGUUUCGGAAACAUUUUUGCGCGCAACGCCAUUAAUAACGCGCUCAUGAACCUUGAGAUACCACGCCUUGUCGAGCGCCUACGAUCCCACUUUUCCUCCACGACGGAAGGGAAGGGAGGGGAGGGAGGGAAGACGACGCCGGCGCUAACGCGCCGCACGGGCUGGACAUUGACAUGGGAUCUUCGGCGCAGUGUCGUCGAGGUACAGGAGGGCCCGGGCGGUGCAACAUGGACCGAGAAGGUCGGUGAGCUGCCGGCUCCUGUGCAGGCUAUCAUCGCAGCUGGUGGUCUCGAGGCGUGGACCAGGGCCGAGGUUUCCAAGUCCAGUCCGUAA